UUCGGAUGCGUUGCUAGGCAACGGCUGUAAACAACUUCCUGCCAAACGGAGACACGACCGCAUCUUCAUCCAGACUCAUCCCGCAAAAAAGUUUUGUAGCAAAAGCCACCAUGUUGCGUCACGAACUGGGAACCAACAUUACUGCCAUCGUGAACAGGCUGGCGUCGGAGCUACAAAACACGUCCUUCUAUGCGGAUUUCCUUACAGAUGUUCAGACGGCUAUGGCCACGCAAAACUUCAGUACGGAGCGCUUUAGUACUGAAUGCUACGAGUGGACUCAAGGCAGCUCCCUGGACACGCGGCUUCGGAAUGCUCUCUACCAUCUAAUGCACGUCCAGCCCACACUCCUGGCCAACCCCGACACUCCACGUCAUGUCCUGAAGGAACCAUUAGCCUACGUCAGGAAAGCACAGAGUUCAUGGGAGCGUCGGCUUGUGAAGUGCGUGAACAGCAUGGCGACUGAGCUGAACAUUCCUCUAGCUAGACGUAGAACAAAGCAGGAGAGAGAGGACGUAUCAGAACGCUGGUCUGAACUGUCAACCGAUGAGUCAGAUCUGACCAUGAUUAGACCAGUUUAUGCACCGAAGGAUUUUCUCGAGGUUCUUUCUAGUCUGAGGAAUCCAAACUACGACGAAUCUACUGAUGAGAAUCUUUGGGGGUGUAUUCAACUACCCCUCAAGGUUAAAGACAUAAAGGGUUUGGUAGAGGUGUACGGAGAGUUGGCAUGUUGUUGCAAGCACACAGGGCUUGACGAAACAGUACCGGGGGAACACAAGCCAAAUCUCACACUGGCAGACGAAAGACUUAUAAUUGGCCAAAAAGUGGUGGAGAAGAACCAUGGUCCUCUCAGCAAGGAGUUUUGCAAGACAGGAUGCCCCGCGGGACUCCGGGCGGUGCUGUGGCAUCAGGUUCUUGGACUCGAGGUCACUGACAAGCACUGUAAAUACUUUGACGAACUGAAGAAAAGGGUUGUACAACAUGAACUACUUGUUGAUAAACUGAUCAUGAAGGAUAUACAACUAACUGCAUCCAAUGACGAUCAGUAUUUCGUGUUCGAAGACAUCCUUUAUCAGGUGCUGCUGUGCUUCUUCAGGGACACGGAGAUGCUGAGCCACUUCGAACACAGCAGUGCCUCCCCCCCUCUGUCCGUUGCCAGGGGUCAGACUCCCUCCCCAGAUACCCUCGUGGCCUACCCUCCUUGUGGCAUCAUUCCCUUCCAUGGGUUCACGAUGUAUGCGGCUCCUCUCAGCUGUUUAUACGAAGAUCCCGUUCAACUUUAUUUCACUUUUCGGGAAAUGUAUUGCCGUUACUGGUAUCGUCUCCAUGUGGUUACCAGUCAUACCCAGGGCGCGGCGGCCUUGGCUCUCCAGUUUGAGCUUCUGCUGCAGAGUUCAGAGACGCGACUUUGGCAACACUGUGCUGCAAUGGGAAUACAGCUUUUACCCAUUGUAUUCAAAUGGAUCGUGCGCGGGUUCAGCGGGUACUUAAUUCCCGAUCAGCUGUUCAUCCUGUGGGACGUCAUCCUGUCCUGGGAGUCCUUGGAGGUCCUUCCCGUCCUCGCCCUCGCCAUCGUGAGCUUCAGACGCGAAAAUCUCAUGGACGUCACCUCACAGCAGUCCGCUGAUGCCGUGCUGUCAGACAUCACCGCCAUCCGGGUAAUUCCGCUUCUGAAGCUUGCCUUGGCAUCGGACAGAGGACGUGACAGGGAGACUUGAGGCUUAUAGUUAAUAUCUCGUUGUUAUGUCACAUGUAAAGAGUUUUGCUCAGUAUAUUUUAGUGGUUGUGGAUAUAUUUGAAACGAGAGUUGAGGCCCUUCGUUUUUAAGAUAUUAGACAUGUUAAAAGGUUUCUUCAGCGUGUUUUAGAAGACGUUAGUCGUUAUUUAGGAAACGAUAGUUGAGGCCCUUCGUUAUUAUGAUAUUAGACGUGUUAAAAGUUUUCUUCAACAUAUUUAGUAGUCGUUAUAUUGGAAACGAUAUGAUGAUGACCUUCGUUAUUAUGGUAUUAGACAUGUAAAUAGUUUUUGCUCAGUAUAUUUUAGUGGUCGUGGCUAUGUAAAAACGAAUUAAAGUUGAUGUCCAUAGUUUUAUGGCACUGGAUAUGUUAACUGUUUCCUUUAGUGUAAUUCAGUAUCUGUAAAAAAGGUACAUAAUAACGGCCAGUCUUCGCACCUUACAAGAAAGUACAACUAUUCAUAAUUACGAAGUAGCUAAGUUUUAUGGAAAGACGCUAGAUGAUAUUUAAAAAAAAAAAAUAUACUGUCCAUUGUAGGAAAGCAAUGAAGAAGAGUCACAA